AUGUUAUUAAAUCUUUUGAAGUUUUCUUAUGCUGGUGCUGAUACAUUUGAACGUGAAAUAAUUAACAAUGAAAACGAUCAGAAUUUUCAAUCAACUACUCAAUAUGAUGAUGCUAUGGAUGUUGAUGAAGCAAUGGAUGUUGAUUAUCCAAUAUUUACAAGAACAAUUUCAGAAAAUGAUGAAGAAUCAUUUGAUAUGCGAAAAUUUCAGAAAUAUUAUACACGUUUUCUUCUGGAAUUACGUGAACAACAUUUACUUUCUCAAAACAUUAUUUUAUCGAUUACAUCCAAUUUUUCACUUUUAUUCAAUGUUGUUCUUAAAAUUAUAAAAAAUAUAGAACGUGAUCCAGAUGCAACAGUAGCCACCGUUGUACCAAUAAUAAAAAUUGAAGAAAUUAUUGGUCAAAUAAUUCGUGCAAUAGAAGCAACAGCAAAAAAUGAAUAUCAAUUCAUAAAGAGUUGCAAAGAUUUCUUUUAA